AUGUUAUGCUGUGGUAAAAAUAGUAAUUAACAGGGUAUGAAGAAUAAAAUGACUAAAUUCAGAUUUUCAGCUGAAGAAGUUUAAGAAUUACAGAGAAGGUAAUAAAAAUUAUUUAUAAAAAGAUUUUAGAGAAUGACAAAUGGAUCUAAUUAUUUAACAAAAAAUUAAUUUAGAGAUAAUAUGGGAUUAUUAGGUCUUGAAACAGUUUAAGUAUUGAGUGAUUGUUUAUUUUAAAUAAUUGAUGAAGAUUAGGAUGGUAAAUUAUAAUUUAAUGAAUUUCUUGCUUAUUUUGAUAAAAUAACUUAUGGUUCUUAAGAUGAAAAAGCUGAGAUAUCAUAUAAAUUAAUAGAUUAAAAUAGAAAAGGCUUUUUUACAUUAAAAGAUUUUUAAUAGACAAUGCAAGCUUUGAUAGAUUCUUGGGUUGUUAUGACUGGAACAGCAAUAACAAAUGAGAUAAGAGAUCAUUUAGAAAAAAGAGUUGCAUAUAUAUUUACAUAAAUGGAUAAAAAUAAUGAUGAAAAAGUGUCAUUUAUAGAAUAUAAAGGAAUAUUAGCUAGUGAUCCUACUCUACUAGACAUUUUUGAAUUCUUAAGGAAAGGAAUAACUAUAUCUAUAAAAGAGGCAACUUUAAAAUAAGAUUAAAUUGUUUUAAGUGAGUUAUAUCUAAUAAAGAAUUAAACAGUAGAUUUAUUUUAAAUGAUGAUAGGAUUAAAAUAAAAUAGAUAUUCUACAACAGGAUAAGCUAAGCCAAAUUUAAUUUCAAGUUUAAUGUUUUGUUAAAAGAAAUUGUAUUAUUUAUAAAUAUUAUUUUAUAGGAGACCAAAUACAAAUAGUUAAUUUGGAAUAUAAUAUUUAAUGGGAGAAGAAAUAGAUGCACUUUCAUUAAGAAUGUCAAGUACAAUAAAUGUUAAUAAACCACCUCGCCAAUAAGGAAUUGUUUAAAAUAGUUAAAUUAUUUGUUCUAAUAGUUAAAUUGGUCCAUUUAUACAUAGAGGAGAUUAAGAAAUUCCUAUUAAAAUUGAUUAUAAUUUACAAUCUAAAGAAAGUGAAGAAACUUUAGAUCCUGAAUUAACAGAUGGUUUAGAAAAAAUUAAUUAUAUGAUAGAAGAUUAAAUUAGGGAUAAUUAUAAGGAAGCUUUAAUUAAAAUUCAUGAAUUAAAAUAAUAAACUUAAUAAUCAUUAGACAGAUUAGAGAAAAUGUAUUAAAAAAAAUUAGAAGAAUUUAAUGAUAAAAAGAAAAAAGAUUUAGAAUUAGCUGAAAAAAGAAGAGUUACUAUAGCUAACAUAAAUAAAAAAAGAAAACCUGCCUUAUCUGUUUAAUUUGGUCAUUAAAAUUGGAAUCUUGUAUUAAAUAUGAUGAUAGGAAUUUAAAUGGCUGUCAAAUCAGUUAAUGCAUUAAGUGAUUAUGAAGUUAAUCUAAAAGAUUUUAAAUUAAAAUAUUAUUUUGAACUUAUGCCUAAAAGAACAGGAAAUGAUAAAACUACUUUUAAAGUAUGUAAAUUCUUUGAUUAUGCUCCUUAAGUAUUCAAUCACAUAAGAAAAAUGUUUUUUAUAGAUAACGAUAAUUAUUUGAGUAGUAUUGGACCUGAAACUUUAUUAUCAAGUAUUUUAAAAGGAGAUCUAAGUACAUUAUCUGAAUUAACAUCAACUGGUAAAAGUGGAAGUUUUUUUUAUUAUUCUUAAGAUGGUAUAUAUACAUUAAAAACUAUUUCCAAAACAGAAUUCACUUUUAUGAGGCAUAUUUUAUACAAUUAUUUUAAACAUCUUAAAGAUUUUAGAUAAUCCUUAAUAAUAAAAUUAUUUGGAAUGCAUAAAAUUAUAUUAGAUGAUAAAAAAAUACAUUUUGUUAUAAUGAGUAAUGUAUUUAAAACAUCUCAUGAAAUUAAUAUAAGAUAUGAUAUAAAAGGAAGUCUUCAUCAAAGAAAAACUCCAAAUAAUGCUGAUUAUACUGUUGCCAGAAAAGAUUUAAAUUUUUUAGAAUCUCAUGAAAAAAUGAAUAUAAGAAUAGAUAAAUAAAGUGAAUUACUAACAUAAUUAUGUAGAGAUGCAGAUUUUUUUGCUUAAAAUAACAUUAUAGAUUAUAGUUUACUCUUAGGAAUUCAUGAAAUUAAUGUUCUUCAAACUUCUUCAAGAACUGACAUAUUCUAAGAGGUAGAAUCUGAUGAUAUCUCAAUAAUUCAAUCAAAAAAUGGUGAUAAAAUUUAUUUCUUUGGAAUUAUUGAUAUUUUGACUAAUUUUAAGUAUUUCUCAUAUCUCUAUCUAUCUUAGCACAAAAAAGAAGAUAGAAUAUUGUUGUAAAAGAUGUUUUUAAGGUCCUGAUAUUUCUGCUAUUCCUCCACAUUAAUAUGCUGAAAGAUUUAAAAGAUUCAUAACUAAUAUGUUUAGAAACAAUACCUGA